CCCACUUCGGCCGUUUCAUCUUCUAUCAUCCAACACCCCGUCCACUUUCUCACCAGAACCAACCAACUCUCAAGACAAGCCAAGCAAGUACCUGCAAAGAGUCCAUCAUGUCUGUCCCAUCCAUGGCCAUCUUGGCCUCCAAAACCCCGAUUAUCCCCUCUUCACCUCGUGUGCACCGUGCAAGCGUACGGAGAAAACACCCAGGUGAUGAGGAUCUCGUCUCCCCCCGCCUGAUCCCACUCGACAACCCCAAGGGACCUGCCGAUGAGCCUCCCAGCCAGAACAUGGGUAUCUUCUCCGGUUCAGUCCAGCAACCCAGCAAGGAAGAGCUGGAUAAUGCGGUGCGAAAAGCCAUCGAGGAGAUAGCCGCUCUCCAGAGGCACGACACUACACCAGCCGUAGCAGCAGCAGCCGCAGUGCCUGCCACUAAAAAAAGCUCCCUGCUCUCGAGCAUCGAGCGGUACGAGGAAGAUGAUCUCGACGAUGUCUUUGAUGACCUCAUCCAGACGGGGUGGGGUUAUUCUAGCUGCAGCGAUGACUUGUCCGAGGACCAGAUUUGGGAUGACGAAGAAGACUCGACGACAUCACAGGCCAUGGGUAGCUCAUUAUGCACGAGCUCUAUCGUGGAGACAGACCUUGAUAACUUGACGCAUGAGGCGCUUCAAGAUCAUCAAUAUGAGUGCGAUGCGGAUGCAAGGUCGGCCUAUGGGGCUCACAGGACCCAGUCGUACGUCCACACAAUGCCUGCCCCUGCGCCGUACCCGUACAUCAGCCCCUCUCCCUGGGCUAGAUUUCUCAGCGAGAAGGCGGAAAUCCAUCGCGCCAGGGAGGUGAUGCUUCGGAAUUAUGAACAAUAUGAGUUGGGGGAGGAGAAAAGGCGAAUCCAGCGAGCGAUCCAAAGUCGGUCACACGUCCACACAACGGCAUCGCCUACGCCGUCCACCGGCCCUUCUCCCUCUAGCCGCUCUCUCGAAGAGGAGACGGGAGUUCAUCGUUUGCGGCAGGAGAUGCUUCGGAAUAAUCAUCAAUAUGAGUUGAGGGAGGAGAAAAGGCGAAUCCAGCGAGCGAUCCAAAGCUGGUCACACGUCCACACAACGGCAUCGCCUACGCCGUCCACCGGCCCUUCUCCCCCCAGCCGCUCUUUCGCAGAAGAAUUUCUGUUCCACCUCGCAAAUAUAAAUGCCAAGCAGGACCAGAUCAUGGCCGCUCAGCGCAGCUGGCCCAUCUCCGAGCGUCAGAAGGCCUUGCUCAACGCUCAGCAGGCCCUGCUUACAGAGCAGCAGGCUCUUCUUGACGACCAGAAGGUCAUGAUCGCCGACCAGCAGGCUUUACUUGCUGACCAGAAGACCUUACUGUUUGACCAGCUGGCCUUGCUCGCCGACCAGCAGGGCAUGAUCACGAGCCAAGAGGCCGUAAUAAGGGCGUUGGAGAGCCAGCAGGAUUCGAAUCUGGCCAUCGAUCCACCCAUGUUGGCACCGCCGCCCUCGACAAACAGCACCAGACCUAGCACCAGCGCUCCGACCAGAGUCCCAACACCCUCCAACAUCUACAACAGCUACCAAGUCCCUGAAAGUUGCUUGUGUCGCCCUCCUGCCUCCACAGCAGCAAAGACCUGUCCCGCAAGGGCCCUCUGCACAAAACGCUGGGAACCCUACGUCUCAGAGAGGGAGCAGCAUGGCAUUGACAACUCCGGCUCUGACCCAGACUACAAGUACUACAAGAACUACUGGGACUACGACUACUACGACGACUGGAACUACGACGAUUACGACUACAUCUCCAAUUACAACAACGACGACGACGACAACUACUUCGACUGCUCUUCUUUCCAAGAGCCAGAGGAAGAAAUCAACAACACCCCUAACGACGGGGAGUACGUCAUCAUCAAAAACAAAGCCAAUAAUGCUAACGAAAACAGCAGCAACGCCAACAACAGCAACCUCCCCAAGAGGCCAGUAAACCCACUGCCAUUGGCACCUGCCAUGGGCUGCUUCUUCAUACUGGGAUGCUUUCUCCUCUACACCCUGGUCACCACCUCCUACCUAGACCUUGUCUCGAGGCUGUGCCACCUCAUCUCUCGCCGUCCUUCUCCUGGGUUCCAACUACUGUGGGCGGUUCUGAGCUACGGGUACCUGAUGUUGAUCCGGGAUUAUCCUCCCCAUGUUUAGUCAUAUUUACGUGUCUAGAAGAGCAAGAAGACAUUUGUUAGAGCGACGGUCUCGACGGACUAGAUCGGUUGGAUUUGAUUGGCUGAUGGUUG